AUGUCAGACAAAGAUGGAACCGCUAGUGGGCUUAAGGAAACGCCAGAUUUCAUAAAGAAACCUUUGUCUCAUGACGAAUUUUUUGUUAAGCUUGAAAAAGCUUUCAGAAUGUCCAAGGUAUCGCACAAUCAGCUCAAAGUAAGCUUGAAAAGAGACUUGGGCAGUCAUCACGUUCAAAAACCUAAUGAAUUGGAUGUUACUUCCAAUCCUACUGGUGAUAUCUCAAAGAUGUCAGAAUCCAAACGUUUAAAACAAAACGCUCAACCAGAUACAAAACCAUACAGACUUAUCGUGCUAGUGAGCAUGCCAUAUGAUGGGAAACGAACGAAAUUCUUCACUUUGGUAGAUUCAAAGACUCUUGAUAAAUUUUGGAAGGAUUAUGUUAAUGUUGUAAAAACAAGUAUGUCUGGAUUAAUUAAAAAGAAGAAGAAGAAGAAGGGUGGUAAGAAAAACUGA